GGUUCGUCUUCAUUGUCACCUUUGAGUUAGUGAUCGCUGCAGUGCCGUGUUGUGUUCAAGCAAAACCACCAAGGAAAAUAAAACAUGCAGCCCUCAACCAUCAUUGUUCUGGCUUGUCUCGUCGCCCUUGUCGCAGCGAGCGUGCACUACGACCAUCCCGAUGAGAUGAACGUACAAAACGUCCACGAGUCCCUGGUCGACACACCCGUGCACGAGAGGAGUGCGAGAACGAAGAGGGGUCUGCUACUUCUUAAGAAAAAACUUAUCCUUGGUGCUUUAGGUUUGAAAGCAGCGAAGGUAGGCGUUGUCGGUGCAGGUGUUGCAGCGCUCGCGCUGAAGAAGAAACAACAUCAUAGCCACGGGCCUAAAUACGUCGAAGUACACAGCUGGUCCGGUUAAUCUCGAAUAAUUAUUCGACAUUUCGAGUAGAGCAUCAAGGAGCCGUAGUAAUGUUAAGUAUUUUAAGCGUUAAACCAAUGUGUAUUUUUAAUACUGAGUUAGAGGUAGGUCCAACUUUUAAGCUUUAAAUGUGUCUAGGCCAUAAUUAAUUGUAACUAUUAUUCUCCCGAUUGCCAUACACGAAAAUAAGAAAUUUAUCAAAAUCGAUAACAAACAAAGGCAGAAACAUAAAAAUAAUCAUUGGAUUUUUCUUAGUUCCUUUUUUUAACAACAUGCCCUGCAAUUAUGACAGCAUUGUGUGUUCUUUUUUAUAUUUAGAACAGUCUCCAAAUGCAUCAAUAUGAGAAUCAGUAGAUGUUAUUUUGAUAUGUUUUAAUUGAACCUUCAUAUAGUGAAAGAGCAAAAAGUAUAAUUAAAUAAUGUGUAAAGUUUGUAACAAUUAUAUUGUAAUUUUAAUGACUCUUACAGUAAUUCUAUUUACAAGUCAUUCAAUACGUUAUAAUUUCAUACAUGCAACGCAAAAAUAUUAUUAAGGAAAGUGGAAGAGAUGUGUACUCUGAUUGUAAUAAAUAUUUUUAAUAUGUGAAGGUAAAGUUAUUAUUAUACAUUGAUUUACCUGCCUUUGUUUACUUAUAUAUUGUAAUUCUGUAACAAUUUUGAUGUUUAACCAUCAAUAUAAUGUUGUGAUCGCGUUUGUUAUAAUAUUUAUAGCAAAUCAGCAUUCUGUAAAUAAGAUGGUACUGUUGUUUUGAAUAAAUGACUUAUACGUAA